AAACAAGAAAGAAAGAGAAAGAGAGAGAGAUUGAGACGAUGUCGACGAUGCGCAUGCGCGUAAGGGCGUUGUGUUGUUGGCUGCUUCUGAUAUUAUUAACAGCACUAGAUUGGCCUGCAGUAGCAGCGUCGUCGUCGUGGACGGUGGACGGGACGGUGUUGGAGCUCGACGAUUCCAACUUCGAUUCCGCCAUCUCCGCCUUGGACUUGGUCUUGGUUGAUUUCUACGCCCCCUGGUGCGGCCACUGCAAACGCCUCUCUCCUCAGUUGGAUGCAGCUGCCCCCUUGCUUGCUGGGUUGAAACACCCAGUAGCGAUUGCAAAACUUAAUGCUGACAAAUUCACCUCUGUAGCUCGAAAAUACGAAAUCGAUGCAUAUCCUACCCUCAAACUGUUUAUGCACGGCGUCCCCUUAGAAUAUAAUGGACCCAGGAAAGCGGAAUCGCUAGUUCGCUAUCUGAAGAAAUUUGCAGCUCCUGAUGUUUCCAUACUUGAAUCAGACUCUGCUAUUAGUGAAUUUGUUGAAGCAGCUGGCACUUACUUUCCUAUAUAUAUUGGUUUUGGCUUGGACGAGUCGCUGAUAUCAAAGUUAGCCAUAAAGUACAAAAAGAAGGCCUGGUUUUCGGUUGCAAAGGAUUUCUCCGAGGAUGUAAUGGUGUUGUAUGAUUUUGACAAGGUUCCUGCUUUGGCAUCCCUUCAUCCAACGUACGAUGAGCGCAACAUCUUCUAUGGCCCCUUUGAAGAGGAUUUUUUGGAAGAUUUUAUACAACAAAGUUUGUUCCCUUUGGCCAUGCCCAUAAAUUAUGAGACAUUAAAGUCAUUGAGCGAUGAUGAAAGAAAAAUUGUUUUGACAAUUGUGGAAGAUGAGGAUGAAGAGAAGGCAAAGAAACUUAUCAAGAUUUUGAAAUCAGCUGCAUCUGCAAAUCGGGACUUUGUAUUUGGUUAUGUUGGGAUCAAACAGUGGGAAGACUUUGCGGAUACUUUUGGAGCCACCAAGAAGACAAAACUACCAAAAAUGGUUGUCUGGGAUCGAAUGGAGGAGUACUUUACAGUAAAUGGUUCGGAAAGCAUUGAUGAGGAAGAUCAGGCAUCUCAAGUCUCACAGUUCCUCCAAGGGUACAAGGAAGGAAGAAUAAUAAAGAAAAGAAUUGGCGGUCCGUCAUUUGGGAGUGUUAUGAAUUCAUUUUUAGGGAUGCGAACCGUAUACAUAAUGGUUUUUUUGGUUAUAGUAACGAUGCUUAUUAGAUCAAUCAGUAAAGAAGACGACGAACCUCCUGUUCGUACUGCAGACCAGAUUGAUCCCGCUACAAGCUCUUCCACUGAGGCUGAAAGCAGAGAGCAUAGAUCUGGAGAAAAGGAAGAUUAGAUCUGGCCUUUUGGACUUAUAACCAGAUCUGAUUGGGGGUAGCUGCCAGAGAAAAACGAGAGUUUAUUAAACGCUUAAAUGCAACUGUGCAGUUUGCCGGAAAGUUGCAGUGUAGAGUAUGAACAUCCAUGAUUUUGUAGAGACUAGAGGAUGAUGAAUUCCUGCGCACUGUUAUGCGCACUCCUUACAGAAAUUCAGCUUUUGUGUAGUGUCUUAAUUUGUGGCGAACCACGAUAAACACAGCGUUUCUUUUUCCUUGUGUAUCUGCUUAAUUUGUGGCAAACUUGAAUUCAUGUAUUUGUGCUGUUGAUUC